GGGGUGUAUGUUGGGCGUUGGGACUGGUCCCCCAUUCAUUUUGCAAACAAAAUACUUUCUUAAAGAUACAGUGAGACAGUAAUUCCGUGGGCGGAGAGUAAUCUUUUGCUAACUUGGUCCGUAGCCUAUGUGAAAUUAAACACCAUUUUGUCGAACAAACCAGAACGGAGGUGAGCUCAGGUUUGGUCUUGUUCUUCCCUUGCAGGCUGAUUCAAAAGGAAAUGGCAAACCGAUUAUUGCGAGCCGUCAUAAUGGGUCCUCCAGGCUCAGGAAAAGGAACUAUCUCGGAGAGAAUUGCGCAGAGUUUUGGCCUCAAACAUCUGUCCAGUGGCGACUUCCUACGGGAUAGCAUUGCUGCAAACACCGAGGCUGGUGUUAUGGCGAAGGCAUGCAUUGAGAAGGGCCUUUUGGUUCCUGAUCACGUCAUGACACAUGUCGUGCUACCGCGGCUGGAGCAGAUGAUCGGACACAGCUGGCUUCUGGAUGGGUUUCCGCGAACACUAGCGCAAGCCACUGCCCUGGAGAGUGUGUGUGAGUUGGACAUAGCUAUCAGUCUGAAUAUUCCCUUUGAGACACUGAAGGAGAGACUAAGCGAACGGUGGGUUCAUCCAGCCAGCGGGAGAGUGUACAACAUGGGGUUCAACCCACCUCGUGUCCAGGGUGUGGAUGACAUCACUGGGGAGCCCCUGGUCCAAAGUGAUGGCGACAAGCCAGAGGCAGUGCUGAGCAAACUGCGACGCUACAAAGACAUCGCCAAGCCCGUUAUAGACUUUUACAAGAAGAAAGGCAUUUUACACUCUUUCUCGGGGACAGAGACUGAUAAGAUAUGGCCCUACAUCAGCUCUCUGGUCAGUACUAAGGUCCCUGCGGUCCAGGCCAGUGCACAGACCAAGCCACUGCACACCCACCAGGGCUGAAGGUAUUCUGCAAGGAUGUGUUCCAUGAAGGAGGCUCGCUAUGUGGAAGCAUGGAGAGGACUGUCCGCUCAGUUCAAUUCAAAGCCAUCAUCCUCUGACAGCUUUACAUGUAUUCAGAAUCUAGAAGCAUACACUUUAUGGAUUGUAGUGUUCAGUUAAUUUGGAACCAUGCAUUUUAAGUCUCUAAGGGUACUAUCCAGUCAAGUAUCAUAGUAUUUUAAAUCCUUACACAGAGUAAGAACAAGUUAAUGUUCAAAAAGUUAGCAGAUUUCCCCCUUCUUCCUCCCUCUGUUUCUCUCUCUCUCACACACACACAAACACAUACAUGCCACCUUUUCAACCAUGUAAAUAGUAAUUCCUUUCAUUAUGAAUUUUAGAGAGGACAUUUCAAAAUGCACAACUUUGUCUGCUAUAUAGCCUACAAUAAAAUUGGUAGUGGGGCCAUUUGUGCUGAAAAGGUUAAACUAUAAAUGUUUGGCAAGAGUGCACUUCGAGUCUGAUUGUGGAGAAUGGAUGUCUGUGGUCUUUCAAAUAUUGUUCUUUUGUGCUUUAAUUUUAAGCAGGAUAUUGAAAAGUUCAGAGAAUUGAGUUCAGAGAAUUCUUUGGAAAAUGUUGCAAAUGCUGACCAAAGAUUAUAUUCUGGACAAGGAAGAUAACAUUAUUUUGUGGGAGAGGCAUUUAUGUGUGAUAUGUUUUAUGAAAAAAACACUGAACAUGUUGUCAUUGUCAAAACAAAACUACAAAACAUUGAAUUAUAAGGAACAUCAAAAAAGUUGUCAUGUUUACUAAUAUAACAUUAUGACAUAGCAUUUGGGUUUUCAACUCCAACUUAAUUAUUUGUAGAGUUAUAAGACAUAGUAAACAGGGUUGGACGAGAGCCUUAAAGGUCCAGGAAACUGAUUCAAAUUCAACAUUAGCUAUCUUAUAGUUAAACCUGCAGAUCAUUCAGUAUGUAAUAACCCAUAGCUACUGUACCCAGUUGACAACAGUCUCAAACUCUGAGCAUUAUACCUAGAUAAAGCAAGGCUUUGAUUUCACAUAUCUACACUUGAAAGCAAUUUAAUUAUCACUAGCUAAAGGUAGGCCUACUUACCGAUCCAUCACACUUUUGUUCUGCGACAACCAGAAGUAUCACUAGCAGCAACUAUUCGGAUGGAGGUGAAGGGACAGAAGUAGCUUUGUAACAAAGCCAUAUUGUUUUGUAAAUAGUUGGUGAAAUUCUUGUGAAAAUGGACACUACAAAUAUUAACUGUUGGGGUUGUUGCAAUAUUGCAGUACCUGUGGGCCUCCAGAAAUGAAACCCAUUUCUUAUGGGUCUCUUCAUUUUUGAACCAGAAAAAAGAAGAGUCUAAGAAUCGUUGCAUUUCCAAAUUGGCUUGUGGUAAAAAGUGUGGCAAAAGGAUCGUUCACAUAUUACAAUUUAGAAGUAGAAAGAAUUUCACCGGUCUUAGCAUUUUAGUGUUAUACAUUGUACCCAGCUAACCGCCGCCCACUGAAACCCCCAGGCGUUUAGUUAAGGGGGGAGGCAAGCCAAUUUCGCACAGGCUUUACUGUGUUUUUUUGUUUUUUGUUUUGUUUUUUGUUGCAAGAAUCAUAAAAAGUAUUUCUUGGCCAUUUGUGAAUGCAGAAAAAUAUUGAAACACAUCAGCAAAGAAUUCACAGAUUUCAGUUUCCUGGACCUUACAUAUGUGUAGAACAUUUGAAAGUUUUUUGUGCUGACAGUAUGGUAAUAUGGAAUACUAAGAAUGCUCUUUUGUUGUGUACAUUUUAAAAUAUUUGUGUAGGUUCCCUAUUGUAAAUUAAGUAAUCAGACACAUUUGAUAAUUGAAAUGAGAGCAAUGGCAUAUUAUUGAUAUUUUAAAAAAUUAUUAAGAUUAAAGCUGAAGAUGAACAUUACAAAUGGAAUGCUGGUUUUAGGAAAUUGUAUGUAUGAACGUAUAGUAUAAAAAAGUAGUGUUGAAUUUAUUUGCACACUAAAUUGGGUAAUUAAAUACAUAUUAGAGAAGAGAGCAAAAGCUUAUUUGUUGGUUUCUGUAUUCCUUAUGACAGCUGUUCAUUUCCCAAGUGCAGUUUUGUUGAGAGUUGUGUGGACUAUUAUCUCUGACACAACUGGAAAGCUAUUAUAUAUAGUGGAAUGUAGUACACAAAUGUCUCUCCUGUGCAGGUUAUAAAAAUGUUUUGUGUUCAUUCAGCACUUAGGUGAUAGGAGGAAAAGAUAUUACAUCCUCAUAGACGAAUAGUUAGCAUUUUUAUGAAUAGUUUCCAUAGGCCUCUAUCAUGUGCAAUGCUAUAAUCAUUU